AUGCCUGGCGCCUUUUCCUCAUUCGUCGCGAAAUUGGCGCCUACUAUGACCAACUCCUCACCAAUUUGCUUUGAAAGAGCAAAGCUUGUGUUGUUUUCGCGCAAGACGCGUUUGCCUGUGCGCGCGCGUGGGCCUUACAAGAAUCUGUUGACGCUUUUUUUUUCUCUGGGCUUGAUUGCUAGGUUUAAGGAUGUCCGCUCUGAUUCGUCAUAUGGCUAUCGCAUCGAGUGGCCGACACCAAGCAAGAUUUUGGUGCCCGCCGAUACCAUGUUGAAACGGGUCUACAAAAACUGGUGGGCCAAGCAAAUGAUCAAGUCGCUGAGUGCCGAGGAGCAGGCCAUCAUGCGUGUGCAGCUUUUGGCCCACCGUUUCACCGCUGGCAAGAAGGCUGGCUUUGUGAUCACGCGCGACAGCUACUCACGUCAUCACAUCCCCGAGCGCGACGGGCUGGCGGCGCUUGAGUCUUCAUAUAGCGCAUCACAGUUUGAUUGCCCUGCUGUCAAGCUCUCUCGUCGCGGCAAGCCAAUGCCUCGCCAUGUCAUUCUGACCAAGGAGCAACUCAUUCGUACCGACCCAAGCUUUCGGGUGAAAGAAAAAAACGUGAUGUCCCUCCACUCUGUAUCGGCGGUCCAUGUGUCACCCCAUGACGACAAUGUGGCUGUGGUCAAAUCCAAGGAACCAGGCUUUGACGUUGUGAUGAGCCUGGGCGGCGACACCAACAACUACGCCAUUGAAUUUGUGUCGCGCUUGUACCUUGCCUGCCGAGAUGCGGGCAACAAGAUCGAGGUGGUAGUGCACGAGGGGUCUCUGGCCUACAACAACUCGCUCAAGGAGGGAAGCAGCCACGCCCUCGAGUUUAAGAAGAAUCCAGCGGGCGAACCGGGGACCCGCCUCGGCAAGACGACGGUGCUUUUUUAAGCGACAUCUUUUUUUUUUUUAAACGGAAUCUGUAUUCGCUUGAGGGUUCUCCCUUUGGCAAUUUGCCUUGUGUACAUAUGAGCGGCCCCCUCCAGUCCAUCCGGGCACUGGGUAGCGUGCGGUGAUAUGUUUGUACGCUACGUUUCUACAUUAAUUGCAUAUUGUUCAACCU